CUGUGAAUAAGGGGGGGGGGGGGGGAGGAGCCAACCGAGGAUUGAAAAUUGAGAGAGAGACCAGAGAGGAGGUUCAAAAUCGGAAGCGGAUUGGUAAGUGCAUAUUGUCAAGCUCUUCAAGGCUUAUCUGCAGUUCUUUAGAUUCAAGGAAUCCUUGAGUGCCGGAGGUGUUCUUUCUGAGCAAACAGAGGAAGCAUGGGCAAAUUACUAGCCAUAGAAUUUGUAUCAUUGAUGGUUUUGUUACUGGGGCAUCUGAGUGGUAGUAUGCAAUCAGCACCCUUACCAAAUCCCGACUGCAAGCGCAAAUGUGGGAAUGUAACGAUUUACUUCCCGUUUGGAAUGGAAAGUGAUGGUUGUUUCUUAAAUGAGUGGUAUGAGAUUGACUGCCGACAGAAUGGCACCAGUCCAUGGCUGAAGAAGAUUGAUUUGGAGUUGCGCGACAUCACACUGCCAUAUAUUAUUUAUCGUGAAAUCCAGAAUAUCAGUCUCGGCGGCACUGUUGAUGUGAUUCUUCCUAUCGUAUAUUCAAAAAAUUGUACUGGUAGCAAGAGUACCAGUGGGGGGGGGGCCAAGCUUGGUGGGAAGCCCCUUUCUCUACUCAAAUGAAAAUGAGUUCGUCGCAAUCGGUUGUAACCACCUCACAAUGAUCAACAACACUGGAUCUAGAAUUGUUGGUUGCAGAACCAAAUGCCCAGGAGGCAACAUCAGCAAGUUUAGUGAUUGUACCGGUAGUAAUGGUUGCUGCAGCUCGAGCAUCUACUCUCAAAUGGUUCUUCAGGAAUUUAGUGUGAGUUUUGACGAAGAUGGAUUAUCAACUGGGAGAGACCAGGCAUGUAAUUAUGCAUUCCUUGCUAAGGAUUCAUUGACGAAAGAGACGGACAUUUACGGGCUGCUUAGUGGAGGCUACAUGCAGGGGUUGCUGGACUGGGGAGUUGCCGACAAUGGGGGUCUCCAAGUGACAUGUGGAGAAAAUGAUUCACAUCCAUCUGGGUCCUGCUUCAGAGGCCACAGUGACAAAUUAACCGAUGGACUACGGAUAUACUACUGCAGCAAAGGCUAUGUCGGUAAUCCCUAUCUCAUAGAUGGUUGUCAAGAUAUCAACGAAUGUGAAGAUCCGGAUCUCAAUCAUUGCCCUAUCGGGUGUGAAAAUACUGCUGGAAGCUUUCAUUGCAAGCACAGUAGCAACACUAUCAAACUCGCUCUGAUGAUAGGUAUUGGGACCGGGAUUGGGAUUCUACUUUUACUUCUUCUUGGGUGGUGGUUGCACAAGAUCGGAAAGAAGAGAGAAGAAAUCAAGCGUAAAGAGAAGUUCUUCAAAAGAAAUGGUGGUGUUCUGCUUCAACAGCAAUUAUCUGCACCUGAAGGCAACGUUGAGAGAAGUAAAUUGUUCGAUUCCAAGGAGUUAGAGAAAGCUACUGACAACUUUAAUGAAGAUAGGGUGCUCGGGAAAGGUCAUCAAGGAACUGUCUAUAAAGGAAUGCUGACGGAUGGAAGAAUUGUCGUGGUCAAGAAGUCUGCUGCAGUAGAUGCCGGAAAUGUCAAGCAGUUUAUCAAUGAGGUUCUUGUUCUCUCCCAAAUUAAUCACAGGAGUGUGGUUAAGCUAUUAGGGUGCUGUUUGGAGACUGAAGUCCCACAUCUGGUAUACGAGUUCAUUCCAAACGGAACUUUGUAUCAGUAUAUCCAUGAGCCUGAUGAGAGAUCACCCGUGACAUGGGAGGCACGGCUACAAAUUGCCACAGAAGUUGCAGGAGCCCUUUCAUACUUGCAUUCAGGAGCAUCUAUCCCGAUCUAUCAUCGCGACAUCAAGUCUACUAAUAUACUCUUAGACGAGAAUUAUCGAGCAAAAGUAGCAGACUUUGGAACUUCGAGAUCACUGUCCCUUGACCAAACUCGUCUGACCACAUUGGUGCAGGGGACAAUUGGGUACUUGGAUCCAGAGUACUCCCAAUCAAAUCAACUUACAGAUAAAAGUGAUGUCUAUAGCUUCGGAGUAGUCCUUGUUGAGCUCUUAACGGGACGAGAGCCUGUGUCCUCAUUAAGAGUGCAUGACAAGGGAAGUUUGGCUUCAUACUUCAUCCUUUCAAUGGAAGAGGAUCAUCUGUUGGAUAUUUUGGAUCCUGAAAUACUGAAGCAGGACAGUAAAGAGGAGAUCAUUGUUGCUGCCCACAUUGCAAGAAGAUGUCUAAAUAUGAAGGGCAAGAAACGACCCACGGUGAGACAAGUAGCGAUGGAGUUGGAGGCCAUACAGAGCUCCCGGUCUCCUGUUGAUAUCCAGCUAACAGGAAUAUGGUAGGGAUGCUCAGGCACUGAUCAAGCAGAUGAAACUCAUGAUUUUGCUUCGACGUCGACAUUCUCUGGAGUAAUAUCUGAAGUUAGUUUGAUAUCAGGUGUAGACACAAAAAUACAUGCGCAAACAUGGUGAAAGUUUACAGAUGUCAUCAUUCUUGUUCUUCUCAUAUGUAUUUGUGGUGAAAUAAGUGAAAGACAAAUUAAGAGCAAUAGUGGAUUUUGUUGUGUCAAA